GCCGAGGGCUGAGGUUUCGAGCGCCGAGUCAGCGGUGUAAUGAACUUCUGGAAACCUUUCCCUUUUUCUAGCGUUCACUUUCUGAGAGGCUGAGACUGCCUCCUCUGACGCCUUUUCCCCCUGCCAUUCUUUCGCCGGCUCUGAUCUCCUGCUCCGCGCGGAGCCAGCUCCAUCCCACCUUCCCCUCCGCUCAUUGUGCCGCGGCCCCGAGUCCCGCCGGCAGCGCGCUGCCACCCCCGCACCCUCCUGGGGUCCCGCGAGCCUCAGCUCGCGGGGAGAGCUCCUUCUUCGGCUCGUUUCGUUUCUUUAUUAUUAUUUUUUGCCUUUUUGCUCUUUUGUUUCGUCUUGUUUUUUGUUUUGUUUCGUUGGUUUUUUUUUUCAAUUUUUUUUUUCCGCGUGUCCCCGCACCUCGGAAACACCUUGCGGCGAGGAUGUGUCGGCCCCAGCGGGCGAAGCAGCGCUGAGAGGCCGAGGGAGGCACUCACCCGCCCGCCGCCGCCGGGGGGGCACCGCGCUGCGCCCCGACGGAGCGGCUCCCGGGGCUCCGAGCAUGAGCAAGCCGGCGGGAUCAACAAGUCGCAUUUUGGACAUCCCCUGCAAAGUGUGCGGGGACCGCAGCUCCGGCAAGCACUAUGGGGUGUACGCCUGCGAUGGCUGCUCGGGUUUCUUCAAGCGGAGCAUCAGGAGGAACAGGACCUACGUCUGCAAGUCGGGAAAUCAGGGGGGCUGUCCGGUGGACAAGACGCACAGGAACCAGUGCCGGGCCUGCCGGCUGAAGAAGUGCUUGGAAGUCAACAUGAACAAAGACGCUGUGCAGCAUGAACGAGGCCCACGCACAUCCACAAUACGGAAGCAGGUGGCCCUCUACUUCCGUGGACACAAGGAGGAGAGCAGUGGUGCCCCACACUUUCCUGCCACUGCCCUGCCAGCACCCGCUUUCUUCACUGCUGUCUCCCAGCUGGAGCCCCAUGGCCUGGAACUGGCUGCCGUUGCUGGCACCCCUGAGAGGCAGGCCCUGGUGGGCCUGGCACAGCCCACCCCAAAGUACCCGCAUGAAGUCAAUGGUACCCCCAUGUAUCUCUACGAGGUGGCCACCGAAUCUGUCUGUGAGUCAGCAGCCAGACUUCUGUUCAUGAGCAUCAAGUGGGCCAAGAGUGUCCCAGCCUUCUCCACCCUGUCCUUACAAGACCAGCUGAUGCUUUUGGAAGAUGCUUGGAGAGAACUGUUUGUUCUAGGAAUAGCACAAUGGGCCAUUCCAGUUGAUGCUAACACUCUACUGGCUGUAUCUGGCAUGAACGGUGACAAUACAGAUUCUCAGAAGCUGAAUAAAAUUAUUUCAGAAAUACAGGCUUUACAGGAGGUUGUGGCUAGAUUUAGACAACUCCGUUUAGACGCUACUGAAUUUGCCUGUCUCAAAUGCAUCGUCACUUUCAAAGCUGUGCCGACACACAGCGGGUCCGAGCUGAGGAGCUUCCGGAAUGCCGCUGCCAUCGCCGCCCUCCAGGACGAGGCCCAGCUCACCCUGAACAGCUACAUCCAUACCAGGUACCCUACACAACCCUGUCGUUUCGGAAAACUUUUAUUGCUUCUACCAGCUUUACGUUCUAUUAGUCCAUCUACAAUAGAAGAAGUGUUUUUCAAAAAGACCAUUGGGAAUGUACCAAUCACAAGACUGCUUUCAGAUAUGUACAAAUCCAGUGACAUAUAA